GGGAGGUACCGAGAGGGCGCGAGGGUGGCAGCCGGAGCGAGCCGCCGCCCCUGCCCGCCCCGGGCCCCGUGGGGCGCAUGGGGUGCUUCGAGUCCGGAUCGCGUGCGGGUCUCGCGCCCUGCUGCCUGCUGCGGUGAGAAGCCGCGUCGGGACGCCCCCAGACCCCGAGCUGCCGGGAGGAUGACCAUGGCCGGGGGCAGGAGGGGACUGGUGGCCCCGCAAAACACGUUUCUGGAGAAUAUUGUCCGGCGGUCCAAUGAUACUAAUUUUGUGUUGGGGAAUGCCCAGAUAGUGGACUGGCCUAUCGUGUACAGCAAUGAUGGAUUUUGCAAGCUGUCUGGUUACCACAGGGCAGAAGUGAUGCAAAAAAGCAGUACCUGCAGUUUUAUGUAUGGGGAGCUGACUGAUAAAGACACAAUUGAAAAGGUGCGGCAAACUUUUGAGAACUAUGAGAUGAAUUCCUUUGAAAUUCUGAUGUACAAGAAGAACAGGACACCUGUGUGGUUCUUUGUGAAAAUUGCUCCAAUUCGAAACGAACAGGAUAAAGUGGUUUUAUUUCUUUGCACUUUCAGUGACAUAACUGCUUUCAAACAGCCGAUUGAGGAUGAUUCAUGUAAAGGCUGGGGGAAGUUUGCUCGGCUGACCAGAGCACUGACAAGCAGCAGGGGUGUCCUGCAGCAGCUGGCUCCCAGUGUGCAAAAGGGUGAGAACGUCCACAAGCACUCCCGCCUGGCAGAGGUCCUGCAGCUGGGCUCAGAUAUCCUUCCCCAAUACAAGCAAGAGGCACCAAAGACUCCCCCUCACAUCAUCUUACACUAUUGUGUUUUUAAAACCACGUGGGAUUGGAUCAUCUUGAUCUUGACCUUCUACACAGCCAUCUUGGUCCCUUACAACGUCUCCUUUAAAACCAGGCAGAACAAUGUGGCCUGGCUGGUUGUGGACAGCAUCGUGGAUGUCAUUUUUUUGGUGGACAUUGUGCUGAAUUUUCAUACCACCUUUGUUGGACCAGCGGGGGAGGUGAUUUCUGACCCCAAACUUAUCCGAAUGAACUACCUGAAGACAUGGUUUGUGAUUGACCUUCUGUCCUGUUUGCCAUAUGACGUCAUCAACGCUUUUGAGAACGUGGAUGAGGUUAGUGCCUUUAUGGGUGAUCCAGGGAAGAUUGGUUUUGCUGAUCAGAUUCCACCACCACUGGAGGGGAGAGAGAGUCAGGGCAUCAGCAGCCUCUUCAGCUCUCUGAAAGUUGUUCGGCUGCUACGUCUAGGGCGGGUAGCCCGUAAGUUGGACCACUACAUUGAAUAUGGAGCUGCCGUGCUGGUCCUGCUGGUGUGUGUGUUUGGGCUGGCUGCACACUGGAUGGCCUGCAUUUGGUACAGCAUUGGGGACUAUGAGAUCUUUGACGAGGACACCAAGACGAUCCGCAACAACAGCUGGCUCUACCAAUUGGCAAUGGACAUUGGCACUCCUUACCAGUUUAAUGGGUCUGGCUCAGGGAAGUGGGAAGGUGGUCCCAGCAAGAACUCUGUCUACAUCUCCUCGUUGUAUUUCACCAUGACCAGCCUCACUAGCGUGGGCUUUGGAAAUAUUGCCCCAUCCACAGACAUUGAGAAGAUCUUUGCAGUGGCUAUCAUGAUGAUUGGAUCACUUCUCUAUGCCACCAUCUUCGGGAAUGUGACGACAAUUUUCCAACAGAUGUAUGCCAAUACCAACAGGUACCACGAGAUGCUCAACAGUGUUCGGGAUUUCCUGAAACUCUACCAGGUGCCCAAAGGACUGAGUGAGCGAGUCAUGGACUAUAUUGUGUCUACCUGGUCCAUGUCUAGAGGCAUCGACACAGAGAAGGUCCUGCAGAUCUGCCCCAAGGACAUGAGGGCUGACAUCUGCGUGCAUCUGAACCGUAAGGUGUUCAAGGAGCACCCAGCCUUCCGACUGGCCAGCGAUGGCUGCCUGCGGGCACUGGCCAUGGAGUUCCAGACAGUGCACUGUGCCCCAGGGGACCUCAUCUACCAUGCUGGAGAGAGUGUCGACAGCCUCUGCUUUGUGGUCUCUGGCUCUCUGGAGGUGAUUCAAGAUGAUGAGGUGGUGGCUAUCCUAGGGAAAGGAGACGUGUUUGGAGAUGUGUUCUGGAAGGAAGCCACACUUGCCCAGUCCUGUGCUAACGUGAGGGCCUUGACCUACUGUGACCUGCAUGUGAUCAAGCGGGACGCCCUACAGAAAGUGCUGGAGUUCUACACAGCCUUCUCCCACUCCUUCUCCCGGAACCUGAUCCUCACCUACAACUUGAGGAAGAGGAUCGUGUUCCGGAAGAUUAGUGACGUGAAACGGGAAGAGGAGGAGCGCAUGAAACGGAAGAACGAAGCCCCCCUCAUCCUGCCCCCUGACCAUCCUGUCCGGCGACUCUUCCAGAGGUUCCGACAGCAGAAAGAGGCCAGGCUGGCGGCGGAGAGAGGGGGCCGCGACCUGGACGACCUGGACGUGGAGAAGGGCAACACCCUCACGGAGCAUGGCUCAGCCAACCACUGCCUGGUGAAGGCCAGCGUGGUCACGGUCCGAGAGAGCCCUGCCACACCCGUGUCCUUCCAGGCGGCCUCCACCUCUGUGGUGUCAGACCACGCCAAGCUGCAUGCCCCGGGGUCCGAGUGCCUGGGCCCCAAGGGAGGUGGCGGGGACUGUGCCAAGCGCAAAGGCUGGGCCCGCUUCAAAGAUGCUUGUGGGAAGGGCGAGGACUGGAACAAGGURUCCAAGGCCGAGUCGAUGGAGACGCUCCCCGAGAGGUCAAAGGCCUCAGGCGAGGCCACCCUGAAGAAGACAGACUCGUGUGACAGCGGCAUCACCAAGAGCGACUUGCGCCUGGACAACGCGGGCGAGGCCAGGAGUCCCCAGGACCGGAGCCCCAUCCUGGCAGAGGUCAAGCACUCUUUCUACCCCAUCCCCGAGCAGACGCUGCAGGCCACAGUUCUGGAGGUGAAGCACGAGCUCAAGGAGGACAUCAAGGCCUUGAAUGCCAAAAUGACCAAUAUCGAGAAACAGCUCUCGGAGAUACUCAGGAUAUUAACUUCCAGAAGAUCCUCUCAGUCGCCUCAGGAGCUGUUUGAAAUAUCGAGGCCUCAGUCCCCAGAUUCAGAGAGAGACAUUUUUGGGGCCAGCUGAGAGGUUUGUUUAAAAAGGUCAAAAAAGAAAAAAAAAAUCUGCACCCCUGCCCUAGACAACACCCCACCACACCUGACCAACAAUUUUCAAAGUGGGACCAGUGGCUCAGGUGGGGUCAUGCUCUUUUCAGAAAAAAAGGAAGCAUCUCGUGCCCCACCCUGCAAGAUGGCAGCCACAUCUGAACAGUCUUUGCACAAUUCUGGAAGCAGGGUGUGCCGUCUAAAGGGUAUUUAAAUUUUUUUACUACCGUGAUAUUUAUAAAAGGUUACAAUUACCAGAAAAGAAGAACCAGCCAUUUAGGGAUUGACGGGAGAGUACAGAGAACCCCUCAUGUAUAUACCAUGCAGAGCUCCUUCACUGACACCCCCAAAGACCAAGGUAUGGGCAGGGACUUCCCAGCGUUCCCCAACCUUGUACAGCCUGUCUUACGUCACCAUCUAUUUUCCUGUUAUCAUUUGGGACAAGGGGAGCUGGGAGUACAGAGCCUUUCACACAUCUCUGCUGAAGGCUGAACAGUAGGUACAGGUAGGGCCCUGUGGCCUCCAAGGACUCUGCUGCCCGAGUCAUAGCUUGCUCCCAUGGGACCGUUGACAGGGAGGCUGUGGGUGGCCCUCUGGCCCUGCUCCAUGCCGCAGGCCUCACUGCACAGACUACUCUCCUUCCCGACCUCUUCCCGAGUGUUCCCAUGGCAUUCCUCAGGGUAUGGAGCAUCGGCAGGAUGGGGCGUGAGCCCAGAGUUGCUUUACUCACAGACACACAUAUGACCUCAGUAAAAUGAUUGUAGCAAGUGAUAUGUUUAUAUUUUCAUUCUCAUGGGGAUUGUCCUUCAGAAGUUUGUAUUUUGUACACUGCAUGGGGUCAUUAAAGGACACUUGGGAGCCAUGCUUGGCCUUAUUUGAAAGCAACCUCUUUCCUACUAAAUGAAGACAGGACCAUGAUAAACAAGAACACAACAGCAGAGUUUUGAGUUUUUUCAGUAACCGGUCCAUGGGGGAAUAUCUGAUCAGAGAACUGUCUGUGGGCUGCCCCAGUCCCAUGAUGCUCAGGGACACUUGCUGCUUCAUUAGCUAGGAUCAGGUUACUCAAGGUUCAGGAAAAGAAAGAACUGCACACCCUCAAGUGAGGUGUUGGGACACUAACCCUCUAAACAAGCAAGGCAGAAGCGCAGCCCUGAAGUCGGACCACAGCUAGCCCUUAUCCAGGCUGUUGACCUUUGCCACACUGUCCUGACCCUGUCCCUGGUUUUGCUUUGCUGUCAAGAUUCUGAAUUCCAGUGCCCCUAGGGAACCUGAUAGGUGGAGACCUGCCCUACCAAAGAUAGUCAGCAUUUCCAAAAUGAGCCUGCCUGUCCACACAGCAUUUCCCAGGACCUGGAUCUCACCUGUCUGUGCAGAGCUUCCAGAGAUGGCCCUGAGAGGUCAAAGGCAUGUCCACAAGUAGCUUUUGGCCUCAAAUGGCCUCCAGGAAAGUGUCAUUUCCCAAGGCCAAGUCACACCUGGUUGUGACCAGCUAAAGCUGGGUG